AUGUCAGGAUGGGUUGACUGUAUGGAGAGAGAAAGAUUGAAGAUGUUCAAGAGAUCAUCGUAUAAACAACCAGAUUCUCGUUUUAAACUAAACCUUCAUGGUGGAAUCAAUAGGAGACCGUGGCCACUACCCCAGCUCGGUUCACCUCCACAGCCAUCUACAAGCAACAAUAAUGGCUCUGGAAUAUCUGAAACUGCGUCAACGUCUCCAGAUACUGAUGGAGUGGCAGAAAACGGCGUCCCAUCCGAAACGAGUGCUUGCAUAUAUGACUUCGCUAAACAUAUAAUGCAUUUCACCGGUCAGAAGAGACACCCAGAAGUCUCUGUAAAUCGAUGCAUCCACUCUUUUUGA